GUGCUUACCCGCCGCAUCAUACCUUGCCUGGACGUCGACGCUGGCCGCGUCGUUAAGGGCACGAGUUUCGUCAACCUGCGCGACGCCGGCGACCCGGCGGAGCUCGCGGCCCGUUACGACCUCGAAGGCGCGGACGAGUUGGUUUUCCUGGACAUCACCGCGAGCAGUGAUUCCCGCAAUACCAUGGUCGACGUGGUUCGCAGCGUUUCCGAGCAGGUGUUCAUACCGCUCACAGUGGGAGGCGGCAUUCGAUCCCUCGAGGACGUGCGGCGCAUGCUCAACGCCGGGGCCGACAAGGUGUCGGUCAAUACCGCCGCGAUCAACACGCCCGAGUUGGUGUCGCAAGGAGCGGGACAGUUCGGGAGCCAGUGCAUCGUCACCGCCAUCGAUGCCCGUCGAGUCGAGCCUGGCGAAGAGUUCCCGGCGCCAAAAGACCCAUCGCUGGCGGUUGACCUGAAUUCGGGGUGGCAGGUCUUCACGCACGGCGGCCGGAACCCAACCGGGUUGGACGCCGUCAAAUGGGCGCGGCGGACGGUCGCUCUGGGUUCAGGAGAGAUCCUGCUUACCAGCAUGGACGAAGACGGACAGCAAGACGGGUAUGACCUGCCCUUGACCCGAGCCAUAUCACGCGCCGUUCCGGUUCCGGUGAUAGCCAGCGGAGGGGCCGGAACCCUGGAGCACCUGCACCACGCCUUUACCGACGGUGAGGCAGACGCGGUGCUGGCUGCCAGCAUCUUCCACUUCGGAACCUACUCCAUCGCCCAAGCCAAGGAAUACCUCGCCGCCUGCGGCGUUCCGAUGAGAAUCUGA